GCACGGCCCCUGCAGCAGCACACCAGCACAAACCCCUGGGCUCGCAUGUGCCGCAACGUUUCUCGGGUUCGAUGAAUCUGACGGAAACUCCUUUUUCGAGGCUUGUCCCGACUCCGCCUUCCGCCACUGCACGCGCCAGCUGCCCAACCACCAAUUCACAACGGCCACAUGGAACAAAUGCCUCUGCGACAACCGCCAAGACGCAUCUUGUACGUGGUGGGUACGCUCAUAACCGUUACAAUUUUGUUGUUUCAAUUCAACGGUCACGGUUCUGCAAGCCCGACGCACAGUCAGCAAUGGGCCUCUUCCGGGGGACGCCUCAUGGGCGACAUCCAAAAUACCACGCUGGGAUUUGAGAAGAUCUUCGUAGUCGGCCUACCGUCACGGACAGACCGCCGCGAUGGCAUGGUUCUGCAGGCCAGCCUCAGCAACAUGGAUAUCGAGUUCAUUGAUGGCGUAGCCGGUGCGGACGUGCCCGACAAGGCCAUCCCCAUGGCCAAAGACAAAGGACGUCUCAAGGAUGCCCCGAUCGGUUCCUGGCGCGCUCACAUGAACGCCAUCCGAGAAGUCGUCCACCGCAACCUCUCUUCGGCCCUCAUCCUCGAAGACGACGUCGACUGGGACGUGCGCAUCCGCGAGCAGCUGUCAGACUUCGCCCUCUCCGCGCACGCGCUCACCCAACCCGUGCGCGGCAGCUCGCCUUCCUCCCCCAUCUACGCGGACGAGACCUACCCCCAGCCCGCCCCAGACUCCCCAGGCAAGCUCCCCGACCUCUCCUUCGCCGCGCUCCCCGCCACCGUACCCCCCUCCCGAUCCCCCUACGGCGACAACUGGGACGUUCUCUGGAUCGGGCACUGCGGCAUGCACUUCCCCUUCGAGCGCAGCGCCCACGUGCCCAAGGCGCGCGUGAUCCACGAGGGCGACGAGACGGUGGCGCCCAAGAAGAACCUCUGGACCUUCAACAUCCCCUUCACGCUGAAGGAGAAGUACCCGCCGCACACGCGCGCGUACCACCACGUGCAGGAGGGCGUGUGCACGCUCGGGUACGCGGUCAGCCAGCAGGGGGCGCGGAAGUUGUUGUAUGAGGUUGGGUUGAAGCCGGUGACGGCGGCGUUUGAUCUGUUGUUGCGGUGGUAUUGCGAGGGGGAGAAAGGAAGGGCGGCGGGGCGCCAGUGCUUGACCACGCAGCCGGGCCUGUUCCAGCACCAUCGUCCUGCCGGGCCGAAUAAUGCGAUGAGUGAUAUUGGGAAUCAUGGGGAUGGGUGGCGCGAGAAGAGCAUGACGGAUAUGGUCCGCUGGAGUGUGAGGAUGAAUGCGGAUGUGCUUUUGGAUGGGGGGGAGGAGUUUAGGAAUCAGUUUCCGGGUGAGGAGGCGGGC